GGUUCAGCUUGAGCUAAGCACUUAAGAUAUUGCACAUCUGGUCAGUCUGAUCGAUUUGCACACUGCUUGUAUGUUUUUCCGAUUGACAGGGAAUUUGUGAUGUGAAAUUACGUCAUUCCAUCUUAAUUUUCCUGAGUUAACUUUCAUUAAGUUUCUAGGUGCCUCAAAUGAUUUGAGUGACAGAACCGCAGGACUUGAUCCAUAAUUCACCUGCCACUUUCCAUGGAUGUUUUAAUGUGUCAAAAACCGAGCAGAGACCCACCUGAUCAUCUUCCAGCCUUGAGGGGCUGCCACGCACCUGUGAGUAUAUAAGAGAGCAGAGCUCAUUCAGAGAGAGAGAGAUCCAUUCACAUACGCUCGGAAAAAAAGUGCAAAAACGAGAUCAGUGGAGGUGAGCUUGAUGAGAGCUGGAGACCCAAAGAAGAGUCAAAAGAGGAGAUUCAGAGCCAUAAAACCCAUCUAUAAAUUCAGAAAGAUGCUCUGUCCUUCCUGGCUUAUGGUUGCAGCAGUCUUGUGUGUUCACAGUCCGUGUGUAGACGGCCGCUGCUUGGAUCUGAUCGAAUGCAUGGGCCUAAAAACUAAUGAACAAAAAUUGCAGUGCAUCACGCAGUGCAGAUCUGCACAAGAAUCCUCCAAUCAUGGGGAAGCGUCUUCAUCUGAACAGCAGAACAGUGAGGAAGAGAGCCUCAGUUUGGGCCUGCUCUUAUCGGCUCUGUCCCCUGAUUCGAUCGAGCUCCAAGACCCCACUGGAGAAGCCCCUCACAAUGACGACAGGAGGUCCUACUCCAUGGAGCACUUCCGCUGGGGCAAACCCAUGGGCCGCAAACGCCGACCCGUCAAAGUCUUCACCAACAGCGCUCUGGAGGAGGAUUCGGUGGAAAGCGAGCGCAUGGAGCGAGGGCAGAGCGGCACGCUGGACAUUCAGCCGAGGAACGAUGCUAAGAGCAUCGGGAAGUAUCGCAUGACCCAUUUCCGCUGGAACGGCCCACUUAACAAGCGCUAUGGAGGCUUCAUGAGGCUGGAUUCAGAUCAAUCCCACAAGCCCCUGCUCACGCUCAUAAGAAACGUCAUUGUUAAAGACGGACAGCAGUACAGAGAUAAAGAGAGGAAAGAAUAGACAAUAUCUGGUGUUAAAACAUUCAAAUGUGUAACAUUCAACCUUAAUAAAAAGAAAGCUUCCUCUAGACAUUUAAAUACUUGACAGGGCAUGAAACAUUGUCCUAUGAAAGAAAGAAACAAACUCGCCAAAUCACUUCUAUAUUAAAGUCAAUGUAUCUCACAUGACAUUUACAAUUCAUUUAGACACCCGACACCAUAACAAUCACCUCUGGGAUUUAAAAAGAAAGUGUACUCAGAAAUGCCAAGUUCCGUAUUUUCCGGACUAUAAGUCGCACUUUUUUUCAUAGUUUGGCUGGUCCUGUGACUUAUAGUCAGCUGCGACUUAAUUAUCAAAAU